UUUUUUUGUCUUUGCAGGAACCCACCCCAGUCAAAAGGAAAUUUGAGUUCAGCAAAGAAAAUGCUGGCCUCUCAUCAGCAACCAAGAAAGCUAACCCUGAUAAGUCCCGCGUUACACACCCACCUUCCAAAAAACACAAAGUUUCUCUCUCCACGUCUCCUCCCCAGAAGACGCUGCCUUUCAAAAAAGCUCUUCCAACGCAGUCUUCAGAGGAGACAGCCGCCAACGGGUCUUUCCAGCAACUCCUACAGGGUACUGUCUUCGUGCUGAGUGGCUUCCAGAACCCCUUUCGCUCUGAAUUAAGGGACAAGGCCUUGGAGAUGGGGGCCAAGUACCGUCCAGACUGGACCCCUGACAGCACUCACCUCAUCUGUGCCUUUGCCAACACCCCCAAAUACAGCCAGGUGAAAGGGCUCGGGGGCACCAUUGUACGGAAAGAAUGGAUCCUGGACUGUCACCGUACCCGUCGGUGCUUGCCCUGCAAACGGUACCUGAUGGGUGGCCCCGAUUCAUCCAGCAGUGAACAGGAAGAGAGUGAGAAGGAGACCCCCGCUCCGCCUCGCAGACCUUUGACUCCUCAACAGAGAACCAGUGUGCCAAGCCCCAACCACAAAGUUAAGCCUGCCACCAGCCCCAAAGUAACGCAGGCGGUGCCACCCAGAGUGUCUUCUGGGGAGGAAGAGGAGGAGCCCACCACCUCUCAAAACAGCAUAACCCACAACAAUUCAAGGGCAUCCAGUGGGGAUGAGAAAUUUGCAGGUCUUCAAGACAACGGAGACGAAGGGUCUGGUGACACUGAUGACGAGUUAAGAAGAGUUGAAGAGGAGCACCGCAAAAAGCAGCAAGGUGGACGGAGGCUAGUCCCAGAACCAGACAACGACCCCUACGCUGGUUCCACUGAUGAGAAUACAGAUGUUGAGGAACAAGGGGAGCCAGAUCAGCCUAUCCCAGAACUUCCAGAUCUGUUUGUGGGCAAAUGCUUCUUCCUUUAUGGUGAAUUCCCUUCUCAGGAACGACGCCUCUUGAAUCGCUACAUCAUUGCUUUUAACGGGGAACUGGAGGACUACAUGAACGAGCGUGUAAACUAUGUGAUCACGGCUCAAGAAUGGGAUGACACAUUUGACGAGGCUCUGAAUGAGAACCCCAACCUUUCCUUCGUGCGUCCCCGUUGGAUCUACAACUGCAAUGACCGGCAGAAGCUGAUUCCCCACCAGCCGUAUGUCGUGGUGCCGCGAGCAUAGGAGGAUCCCAUCCUGCUGGAGUUUGUAUAUAAUGUAUAUUCGUCUCUCUUGGGGGAAGAUCCUUAGCCUCCCGGCUAGUUGAAACAGGGCACUCCUGCUGGGAGAAAUUGCCUUCCUUUGAAGCCCUCCAACCUUGGGGUGGUUUGGAUGGUCUUCGUUGUGUUCCGCCCACCCACUCAGUUCCACCACAUCAUGUCGGAAGCCAGUCUGCUUUUGGGAAGCAAUGCUUGCUGCGGGCUGCCUCUGGGAACAGGGCUAGAGUCCAUCUUCCAGGAUGGACAAGGCGCUCCCUUAAAAUUAGAGCCCAGGGUUCAACGAAGGCGAAAGUUAAUGUACAGAACAAAUUCGCAGGCCUCUUCUCACGCCUUUCUAUUUCUUGCCCUUCUCACUACCCAUUUAGUAUUGGUGGUCUUACUUCUCUUCUCUGUCUCCUCAGGCAUGUGUCCUGGCUGAGCAUUUUUGCCUCUCCCUACAGGCGUGUCUUUUUUUCAUACCCUGAACCCCUUACUGCAGCAAACCUUAUUUUCUUAAGCAGGUAGUUUGGGGUUUCGCAGAAGAAAAACCCGUCCCGUUUUUUCACCUAGGGUGUUUUCAGUUUCACGAUAGUACGGAUGGGGCUUGUCUCCAUCGUUGGUGUAGAUAAACCUCUGUUGAUUGUAUCUGCAGGCAAAGCCAAGCUCGUUGCUAUAAAAUGCAGAGAUCGACAAAUCGCAUUCAUGCCUUCCAUGUGCACAUUUUUCACCUCAAAAAAAAAACAAAAAAAAACCCACCCAGGAAAAAUGGCAUCCCGUAACCCCGCCCAAUCCUGGCUUGUGUUGGCAAAUGCCCUUUUCUCAUUAGAAGUGUUACAUACGGGCUCCAUCAGCUAAAUGAACACUUUCCCAUACCAAUUAUUUGAAGAGGAGGGUGUUUGGCCUAGAUCAGGGGUCUCCAACCUUGGCAACGUUAUGCCAGCUGGGGAAUUCUGGGAGUUGAAGUCCUUCAGGCUUAAAGUUGCCAAGAUUGGAGAGCCCUGGCCUAGAUAUCCGAUGGUAGCAAAGUUGAGAACGGAAGUAUUAGAAGAAACCAUGAUUGCUUUAACCGUAUCACAAUUUCUGGGGUAGGCUUGUGUGGCUGAAGUCUUCCUUUCAUUUUCGAGGAAUUUUUCCCAAGUUCCUCUGUAGGAAAAUAAGAAACUGCUUUAGUUAAUUUCAUGAUGGAAUUGUUCGUUUUCCGCAGAGCAUCGUCAGUUUCACUAUGAAUUGUUUUGGCCCCUCCUGCUUCUUCGGAAGGAAAAAAUAUUGGACCAUUUGUAUAGGUUCUUUUUGGAGUAGUGCUUCUUAACCUUGGCAGCUUUAAAAUGAGUGAACUUCAACUCCCAGAAUUCUCUAGCCAGCAGAAUUCUCCAGUCAGAAUUCGGGUUGGGGAACUCUGGGAGUUGAAGUCCAUGCAUUUUAAAGUUCUCAAGGUUAAGACUAUUUUCAGAAUGACAUCCCAUUCCCCAAAGUUCACGUUCCUUCCCACUUUUCAGUUGCUGUAAACUGGGCUGGGAUGUCUUGAAUAAUCUACCUCAUUUUUACAGCUGGUUUCUUAUUUCCCAGUUCUAUAUUCGCAAUCAAACCAGCCAUUCUAUUCUUGGUUUUCUUACUUCCUUGCUUUCACAGGAAAAAUGUUAAUCGGUUGUGGGAGUGUUUUACUUGUGAUGGGCACUGCAGAAUUGGAGGUCCAUCUCUUGUUGAGACAUUCGUCAAUUGCGGUGUAUUCAUUAUUCUCAAGCAGGUUUUUUUUUUAUAAAGAUUCCAAGAUGGAAGCCAGAGAUUUUCCCUGGAGCCUGAAUUUUGUUCUAUGUGCUGAAACUCUCAACCCUCUCAUUAGGAGGGAGCUCUCCUUCCUACCACUUCUUUUUUUAAAAUUCAUGAAGUAGAAUAAUUUUGGCUGUACUUUCAUUCCUUCUCAUCCUUUAUCCUGGCAAUUCAGAACUUAUCCAGACAAGGAGCGGCUAAAAUAUUAACAAACAUUCCAUUCUGGAUGGAGUUUGCUCAGUUCUUCCCAACUUGAGUGGAUUUCCUUGGUACAGAUUAUGCAGGCCUGUCUGCCCCGCAAAAGACACCACAGUUUUAUGGACUUCCAUUCCCAGAAUUCCCUAACUAGUCUAAUAGUUAGAGAAUUCUGGGACUGAAAAUGUGCACGUCUCGAAGGGGCCAGGAUUGGAGAAGGUUGUAUUAGAGCAUAUUCCUGGUCUCAGAGGAUGGAAUGUUUGCAAGGGAGGCUUGUGUCGAGAAAUUAGUUUUUAAGAG